AGGCAAGCACACAGCACUUGGUAAAGGAGGAUAAGAGGGCGCUAGGCUUGAUCAUCUUGAGAGGCGAGCACAUUGUGGGCUUCAAUGUUGUGGCUGCUCCCUUGUCAGCAGAGGCAGUGGGCCCGGAAAGCAGCAGAGGCAGCAAAAGCAGCAGGGGCAUCAGCAAGCCGUUGGGCUCAAAGGACAACAAGGGCUUGUCGAUCAACAAAAACAGUCUUGCCAGCGCCUUGAGCGCGCCUAUCCGUACAGUCAGCAGCACCGGCAGCAGCACCAGGGUUGUGGCGCCCUCCACAGGCUUCAGGAGAAGCUGAGGCAGCUGUGCACCGCCACCCGUGCCCAAAGAGGAGAAUCCGCCUGGGUGGUCUCGUGCUGCGGCGGGUGCUGCUUGCUGUUUCUUGUUGCUGCUUCAUCAUCUCUGCCUGUGUUGCUUCUGCUACUUCUGCUGCCUCUGUACUGCACUCUCCAUGGACAUCCAGCUCUCUAUCCCCACGACCUCUACUGUCAACAGCUCCUACACCGUCUACCACAUCCAGGUUUCCAUUCCCUUGAAGAACUAUGAAAUCAUCAAGCGAUACAGCGAUUUUGUCAAGCUCUUUGGUGAUAUGGAGUCCUACUUCAACAACACAAUCAAGUUCCCCAUUCCCUUGCCCCAGAACAACUUUAAUUUGAACAGCUUGUUUGUCAAAAAAAUCAACAAUGUUGAAUUGAUCAACUCAAGGAGAUCCUAUCUCCAAGACGUCCUUAUCAAGGUUCUAAACGAUGAAGAUCUAAUCAACUGGAAAAACUCAAAACCUUUUAGGGACUUUCUCAAAAUACCUUCAAAUUUCUUAGAUUCAAACAACUACAAAUUCAAUAAAUUCAAUAGCAACAAUCUAAACAGCUUAAAUAUCUCUUCUUCUUUAAAUUCUUCUUCCACUUCUUUAUCUCUAAAUUCAACUACUACUCCAAAAUCCGUUUACAACACUUUUUCUUUAGCAAAUUCUAACAAAUUUAAAGACUCUCCAAUAAUCGACAUAAACCUUUGGCUAGAGACAAUCAGAGACUGUAAAAACUAUCUACAAGAUGCACGACUAAACUGCUUCAACAACCAAUCCUUGGAAAUCAGCAGAAAAAACUUGAUUUUAGUAAAUUCUAAAUUUAACGCUUUAACCAACGGCUUAAAUUAUCAUUCAAAUAACAAACUAUUAGGCGAUGGCGAAAUUAGAAGAAGAAUCGAUCUACUAAACUCAAUCAAAAGAGAACAUUCCGAUAUCCAAAAACUACUAUCCUCAAUCCAUAACAAUAACUUAGACAAUAACAUCUCCGUCAACUCAAAUAAUAAUCUGACUAAUACCGACAACAACCUUCCCAACAAUAACAACUAUAUCCUGCAAAAUAAUACAGAUCUUGAUUUCUCAAAUAACGACACCAUAAAUUACACAAUCUCCUCAAACAAAUUCAAUUCCUCAGCUUCCUCAUUACCUUUAGAUAACAAUAAUCCAAAUCAUUUUAACAACCCGAACAACGAUAAAUUGAAUUUAUUCAAUAAAAAAAGAGUUUUUGGUAAACCCCUCGAAGAGACUAAUGAAACAAGAAACUUAAAUUCGCUACAGCUCUUGAAUAAUCAAAAACAAAUCCUCAAAGAUCAAGAAAAGGAAAUAAAAUCCCUCAACCAAAUUAUCGUCAAUCAAAAAAAUAUCUCUCUAACCAUUAACAAUGAAUUGAACUUCCAAAACCAAUUAUUAGAUGAUUUAAACAGAAACGUUGAUAAAGCCUCUAAUAAAUUGCGCUAUGCUUCAAGGAAGACAAAAAAUUUGAAUAGUAAUUAAUCAUAUAUUAAAU